AUGGCGGAGUUGAACUCCCUGUUGCCGAUCCUGACGCGUGCUGACGGCAGGAGCCGGGACAACUCGUCCUCGUUCGGAGCUCUCGGCGUCGUGCUCGUGAACGGGGUGUUGGCCUCCAUCUUGCUCCGCUUGGGAUUGUCCGUGUCCACAACGUCGUGGAUGCGAAACGGUCUGGGGAACGUCUGGGUACUGGAGCCGGUGGUGGGCAUCCUGGCGGAGACCCCGGGGCUAUUGCGGCAGGUCAUGUGCUGGCAUUUGUCACACUGCAUUCUGUCGGUGCCGCCGUGA